UCUCUCUCUCUUUACAGCUUCGUCCUCGCUCGCAGCACAGCUAGAUCGUAAGUGCUCUCACGCUCUGCUUCUCUCCUUUACGUGAGUCCAGUAAGUUGCGCCCCACGAAAAAGAAAGAGCUAAUCCUCAGUCCGUGAGAGACAGAAGGAAACACUACCAUGAAUGCUCCAGACCGAUACGAACGAUUUGUCGUCCCUGAGGGGACAAAAAAGGUGUCAUACGAGAGGGACACGAAGAUCAUCAAUGCAGCAUCGUUUACAAUUGAGAGAGAGGACCACACGAUCGGCAACAUCCUCCGCAUGCAGCUACACAGGGACGAGAAUGUUUUGUUUGCCGGCUACAAGCUUCCUCACCCCCUUCAGUACAAAAUUAUUGUCAGGAUUCACACAAGCAGCCAGUCUUCACCAAUGCAAGCAUACAACCAGGCUAUUAACGAUCUUGACAAGGAACUUGACCAUUUGAAGAGUGGUUUUGAGGCUGAAGUUGCAAAGCGUUCGGUGGAGUACUAGUAGGCAUCAUUCCGGAUCUGUAAGGAACAUGUCAGAUACUGACAUCCGACUGUUGUCUUCUUUAAUUAUGGAUCAAAGUACCUUGUGUGGAUUUUUUAUGUUUCGCUGUAUCAUGAAUGUUUAUGGAUAGUUAUGAAAUGAGACCAGGCUGAAGGGGCCAGCAGUUUCUUGAAAAUAUGGUGUGCAUUGCUUCUUAGCA